AUGGACCCCAAGGACCACAAGAAGAUCCAGUUCUCAGUGCCAGCCCCUCCCAGUCAGCUGGACCCCCGUGCCGUCGAGAUGAUCCGUCGGCGGAGGCCCACACCAGCCAUGCUGUUCCAGCUCUCUGAGCACUCCUCCCCAGAGGAUGAGUCUCUGCCCUACCAGCAAUCCUCCGUCGAGGGCUGCCUGCUAAAACCAAAGAGGACCAACCCGUGUGCCUACACACCACCCUCGCUCAAAGCGGUACAGCGCAUCGUGCAGUCCCACCUGGAGAGUGGCCUGGCUGGGAGUGACAGCUCUGAUGGGGAGCCUGACGAUGGGGAGCAUGAGCUGGCCCGCGCCUGCGACCCCGACAGUGGCCUCGAGACUGCCCCGGGGAGCCAGGCCAGAGCCGAGCGGAGCUACUUCCCCGUCGGCCUCAAAGCGCACAAGCGGAAAGGGGGACAGAAGGUUUCCUUCGCCGGCGGCAUAGACGAGCGCGGGGAAGAUCUCAAAUCGCUGACUGUGUCCGAGAUCCCCGAGGACUCCGAAGGAGCGGAGGAGGCGCAGCCCGAACGGGAGCAGGAGGACGGCGGCACCGGGGAGCGGAGACACGUCGGCUUCGCGGAGGUGCUGUCGCGCCCCAUCGGCACCGAGCGCCACUCGCCCACCUUCCCGUUGGGCACCAGUUAGCCACCACUGGCCCACCGGCCACCCCGGCUGCCCCCUCCCCGGCCCGCAGCAGCUUCGCCUG